GCGUUUCAAGAUGGAGAGAAAACAACGUCGCGACUGCUCUCGCGCAAGGUGGUUGUUGUAAACAUAGGCGGUGUCGUCGAUGAUCCUGCUGUUGUCCCGCGUGAGAUCGAGAAGAGCGUGCGAUGGCGAAAUCCGUGUUGAGCUCGGACACGCUGCCGAAGGCGGGCCGCGUGAAUGAAGUGUGUCGCGAAUGGCUGGUGCACGAGGACGGGGCGCUUGCCUACCGACUCCAGGAUGAGGAAAUUAAGGAACAUUAUACUAGCAACAAAACGCGUAAUGCACAAGUAAGGGAAGAUGUGCCACGAGCUAAAGUCGAACAAGAAUUGGAGGCAUUGAGAUAUCAAAGCUACGUUCAACAACAGGAAGAGAGAGAUGCACUUGUGGCCCGACAGAUUGCACUUUCUCUGGAACGAGAGGAAAGGCAAAGAGAGCGUGAAUUGCAAGAGCUAAUGAGGCUGCAAUUAAGGUUAGGAGAUGAAGCUAUGCAGCAGGAGGUUGAGAAACGUGCGCAGGAAGAGAGAGAUGAGGAAUUGGCGAGGAAAAUGCAGCAGCAGGAGGAAGAGGACAACGUCGACGGUGCGGAGGAUGAGCAAAUGAUGUUGGAUCAGAAGCUAGCAAUGGAAGCGCAGGACGCCGAGUUGGCGCGGAUGCUUCAGGAUAAGGAGCGCGCGAAGGCGCGCAAAGCGCGGGAGAGAGCGAGGCAAAGAAAGCUGGAGCGAGAGCGUCUACAGCAGCAACAGCAACAGGAACAGAAUGUUGCGGAACGGCCGCAGAGACCGGACAGGUUGGACUUGAGAACUCCACCGGUCAAGAACCGAGCUCGUCAUCCGGCGAAUUAUCCUUCGCAGUAUCCGGACCCCGAGGAGAUCCAAACGCUAGACGAGCCUGUCGACAACGUGCGCGAGAUGGCGAACGUCGCGGCCAUCAUCGAUCCCACCUACAACGCGCAUCGGAACACGUCGAGUAGCUCGAGCAGUACGAUAAGCCCGACUUACGCCUUGCCGACGCCGCCCCAGGAGCUGAUGGCCGAUGACGCUCCGUGUUACAUGCCGAUUCAGGGCCAGCGACGCACAAACCAAGCGCAAUCGCCGUCUAACACGCACGAGGAGAAGCACAAGCGACGCGUCAAAGACGGCUGCAAGCAUCAGUAAGAGAUUAUCGCGAGAGCUGAGAUUUCAGUAUUUUCUAUAAAAGAUUUCUUUAUUGCCAUUAAACGGACGUAAGUUAAUGAGUAGAGAUUGUUUCAUAAGUUUGUCCACAGGAAUGCAGCCUGAUUGUAUUGAUCUAUAUACUGAUGCGUUUAUUUAAUAUAUAUGCUCAUUAAGGUAACGCGAAACUUACGAAAUUCGUCGAUUUUUGUUUUACGUUGAUAGCCUACAUUGCCGUACCGUCACACGAUGAUGUAUUUCGCAUUGCGCGAAGUGAAACGUGCCUUUUAAAAGGGCAUAUGAAACUGAGAAAAAGCCUUAACUCGGAUUAACGAGUCGCUCAGAAGCGUAUUAUGAAAGAUUAAUAGCAUUACGAUUGCUGAUCUAUCCGGAUGGAUAGAUUGUACCGUCCUCUUGCUCUUGUAUUUACGUUUCUCGCGUGUAUCCAUUUGCUAUGGACUAUACACUGGCGUAAAAAUUUCUUAAUGUCUCUCAGUAUUAGAAUUUUCGACAGCUUUUAGCAGAGAGUGAAAAAACCAAAAAGAUAUAGACAAUCAGAGAAUAAUUUCUACGAGAGAUAUAUCUAGCUUGAUGCACUUAGAGGUGGCAGAUAUAUGCAAUGGUGGUCUAUAAAUGUUGAUUAACUGCAAAAGUUUAUAAAUUCGUAGUUACAUUCAAGAUGUGACUGAAACACGUGAGCGAAUCGUUACAGAAGUACGAAAAAUUUUUACUCAAUUUUCAUGAACUACACUGCCGUGUCUGAUAGAAUCUCUCAUUUCGACGUGUUCGAUUAGCUCCUAGAAUAGCCAUACGUUCCCGCUAAACGCUAUGGAGCUCUCUAGACGAUCUAUGGCAUUAAUUUGAUUCGUGAAUCGCGAUUAUUCUAUUGGACACCCUUUUAUAGCUAGUAAGAUAGAACGUAAAGAAUGACAACACUGCCAAAGAUAACACUUUAAUGUUGGCCUUUAAAUAGAUGAAAGUGUUGAUAAGGAAGGCGCACAAUAUACAUUCGCGAAGAUCUACAUCGAGUUACGUAUUGUAAUCUUUCAUAAAUUGUGAGACACGAUGCGAACAAGCUUCCAAAAUCUUUAGCCAUUUAUUUUGAGAUUGUACAUUUCAAAGGGAAAUGUUAGAACGCAAAACUGGCACGGAAAGCACGGUUAUCACAUUUCGCUUUAUUUUAAGGAAAAAAAAGAAAAAUCUCUAUUUGCAAUUUCAAAGUGUAAUACAUUUAUAAAGCGCGCUAUUUUUUUAUUAUUAAUUCUUUAAGAUUUCUUAAGAUUUUUAUUUAUUAUUAAUUCUUAAUUAUAAUGGACAUAUGCGCACUUAUUAUAUAUAUACACAAUGUAUUAUUUACUAAUUUAUGUAGCAGAAGUGUAUUCGAAGAGGAGGAUUUGCUAGUUUUAGGAAAUAUUCUACUGGAACAUACAAGUUUAUUUAUAAUGAUGUAUUAUUCCUGGUGACUGGAAUUCUUAUCUUUUUUGAUACUAGUAUGCAUUACAUUUUGCUUUACACAUUUAUUGUAUUAAUACAACUAUACAUGAGUACAUUAAUAAAUUAUUUACAAAGUUAUAA